GAUUUGAACAGACUUAUUCAUGUGUGCUGAAUGAUGUGGUCUGUCAUGACAAUAGAUAUAUUUAUGGAUUUUUUUUUUCUUUUUCUACUUCCCUGAAGCUACACACUGACCAAGAUAAAGGAGAUGGAAAUUUAAAAUACAUAUUAACGGGAGAUGGGGCUGGCAGUCUGUUCAUUAUAGAUGAAAAUACAGGUGAUAUUCAUGCUGCAAAGAAAUUAGACAGAGAAGAAAAAUCCUUGUAUGUGCUACGUGCCAAGGCUAUAGACAGGAAGACUGGAAGACAAGUGGAGCCUGAAUCCGAAUUCAUCAUUAAAAUCCAUGAUAUCAAUGACAAUGAACCGAAAUUUACAAAGGACUUAUAUACUGCCAGUGUUCCAGAAAUGUCUGGGGUUGGUACAUCUGUUAUCCAAGUUAUGGCAACAGAUGCAGAUGACGCCAACUAUGGAAAUAGUGCCAAAAUUGUGUACAGCAUACUUCAAGGACAACCAUACUUUUCAAUAGACCCAGAAUCUGGCAUAAUAAAAACAGCUUUACCAGAUAUGAGCAGAGAAAACAGGGAACAGUAUCAAGUGGUCAUCCAGGCCAAAGAUAUGGGAGGCCAGAUGGGUGGAUUAUCAGGAACAACCACAGUGAAUAUCACUUUGACUGAUGUUAACAACAAUCCUCCACGAUUCCCCCAGAGUACAUAUCAGUUAAGUUCUCUGGAAUCUGUGCCCCUUGGAACCCCAUUGGGAAGAGUAAAGGCCAAUGAUCCUGAUGUGGGAGAGAAUGCAGAGAUGGAAUAUAGUGUUGUGGAAGGAGAUGGUUCAGACAUGUUUGACAUCAUCACAGACAAGGAUACACAAGAAGGGAUUAUAACUGUCAAAAAGCAAUUAGAUUUUGAAAAGAAAAUGGUAUAUUCUCUAAGGGUGGAAGCAAGUAAUACCCACCCCGAUCCACGUUUCCGACACCUGGGGCCCUUCAAGGAUACAGCAGUAGUCAAAAUUUCUGUAGAAGAUGUUGAUGAAUCCCCUGUCUUCAGCAAACCCUUUUAUUUGAUUGAAGUAGAUGAAGAUGUCAAAGAGGGUAGCAUUAUUGGACAAGUCAUAGCUUAUGAUCCAGAUGCCAUGAAGAAUUUGAUAAAAUAUUCAGUGGAUCGACACACUGAUAUGGACAGAAUAUUUAAUAUCCACUCUGCAAAUGGAUCAAUCUUCACACUGAAAUCCCUUGAUCGAGAAUCAUUUCCCUGGCACAACAUUACCAUUACUGCAACUGAAAUUAAUAACCCAAAGCAAAGUACUCACAUUCCUGUCUUCAUCAGAAUUUUAGAUAUAAAUGACCAUGCGCCAGAGUUUGCCAAAUAUUAUGAAACAUUUGUUUGUGAAAAUGCAAAACCUGGACAGUUGAUUCAGACAAUCAGUGUCAUGGACAAAGAUGACCCUCCUCGAGGACACAAGUUCUUCUUUGAACCAGUACCAGAAUUUCCUCUUAAUCCAAACUUCACAAUUGUAGAUAAUAAAGAUAACACAGCUGGUGUUCUGACUCGAAAGGAUGGGUAUAGCCGCCAUAAAAUGAACACAUAUUUCCUACCAAUUUUAAUAUUUGACAAUGAUUAUCCAAUCCAAAGUAGUACUGGAACACUAACUAUCCGUGUGUGUGCCUGUGAUAAACAAGGAAAUAUGCAGUCCUGCAAUGCAGAAGCCUUGAUCCUUUCAGCUGGUCUGAGUACAGGAGCUCUCAUUGCUAUUCUCCUAUGCAUUCUCAUUCUGCUUAUUCUAGUUGUGCUAUUCACUGCACUCAAGAGACAGAGGAAAAAGGAACCCUUAAUCAUUUCAAAAGAUGAUGUUCGAGACAAUAUUGUAACCUACAAUGAUGAAGGGGGUGGGGAAGAAGAUACACAGGCUUUUGACAUUGGGACACUACGGAAUCCAGAAGCCAGAGAAGACAGUAAACACCGAAGAGAUAUAAUGCCUGAAAGUAUUUUUCAGAUAAGGAGGACUGUUCCACUGUGGGAAAACAUUGAUGUACAAGACUUUAUUCACAGAAGAUUAAAAGAGAAUGAUUCAGACCCCAGUGCUCCACCUUAUGAUUCCCUAGCAACAUAUGCUUAUGAGGGGAAUGAUUCCAUAGCAGAUUCCCUCAGUUCUUUGGAAUCUCUUGCUGCAGAUGGUAACCAGGAUUAUGAUUAUCUCAGUGACUGGGGACCCCGAUUUAAAAAACUUGCAGAUAUGUAUGGGGGAGAUGAAAGUGAUAGAGACUGAGAAAAGUUACUAGUGACUUGUUAAGUCAUUAUUAAUGAAAGUAAUAUCUUUAUUACUAAAUUAAGUGACCUGCAUUCUCUUACUUGGGGGAAAGUACAAACAAACAUACAAACAAAAUUUAAGUGUUGUCUUAUUAAGGGUUUGCUUAAUCAAUAUGUCCACAUGAAUCAAUAUGAACUGUAUAGCUAUAAGAAGUUUUGACCCUCUUUGCCUAAAAAUAUUGGAAGAAAGAUGCAUCACAUCAGCAUUGAAGAGACCUUUAAAAGGCUUUUUGUGCCUUUGCAAAGUGAAGGAAACUUUAAUUUCUUAUCUUGCUUACAAUCACCUUUAUUAUAUGGGACAUUUGUGCAACUACUUUGUAAAUUAAUAUGAAAAAAAUCUAAAUAGCAACUACAACUAUGCCUGCCAUAUUUAUUGAUUUAAAAAGUCUUUGUGUUGACUCAUUCAUGAUAUUUUUAUAAAUGUAUAUUUAUAUUUUUAUAUUUUUAUGAAAUAAAUUAGUAUUUA